UGAACAGUACAUGGGGGUAUCUCAAGUAUUAAAAAAAUAUAUAUAUAGUAGUAGAACUUUGUCCGACAAACAUCUUCUGCAAUUCAAACACUAUAUUUUCGUUUUAGUUUCUAAAUAUUCUUCCUCUUCCUGUUUGAUUCCCACUCACAACAUCGAAUGAGCAAACAAAAUAGUGUGGUACUAUCGGAGGGGAGUGAGAGGGGGCCUAAUACUAAGAAAUUAAACCGCUAUUUCACCUAUUUAACCGGGUUCACUCGCGGAUGCGAGCCUACCAUGUUAUUAUAGGUAGUAUGUGAUUUCAUUUUUCGAGCGCACGCGUGAUUUCCGACAAAACCGAUUUUUACAGAAUAUGCGAUGUAUACCUUAUGUAAUACGGUACGUAAUUUUUUAUUUUUGAGAUAAACAAAUAAAUCCCCUUUGCCGAUCAUCGCCACCAUUGCUGACCGCACUGCAAGUUCGAAGCCGUUCUCGUCGUCGUUUUUUGCGCCUCCGUCACACGCAUCAGCCAAAGAACUUUAUAUUAUUACCAUCUACAAACGCAUAACAAUAUAUAAAAUUAUACAGAGAAAAGUCUCUUCUUCGUCGUCGUCGAGUCAUUUUCGUCUGUACGCCGUCUCCUCCUCCGAGGAAUUCGUUUUACGUUCCCACGACAGUCGACGUCUUCUGAGUGUUUCAGGUCUAACUAUAAUUUAUUUUCGUUUUACUUUUCCGUAUCCACAUUUGCAUCGCUUACGAUUGUUAUACCUUCGUGUUCAACCGGUCGAGAUUUCUCCGUCACGUCGCUUGCAAGCCCGUCGUCGCCUGCGGGGAGGUGACUUCGGGGGUGAGAGCGAGUAACCGCCGCAACCACAGGAGGGCGUGUGAACGCGCAUGCGCCCGUGAAUGCUCACCACCGUCGUCCACACACCACCACCGGCCAACGGGUUGCAAACGCAGAAUGGCUAUCAUGGAUAUCGCGACCUGGGAAGUGGACGGCGUCGGCAUCGUCGUCGUCGCGUUAUCGGCGCUUCUGUUUGUCUUGCUUUUCGUGCUGGCGGCCGUGUUGAGGUGUCGUCGGUCGACUACUGGACUAGUCGGUCCGACCGUGUAUCCGAUCAUCGGGUCGCUGCACGCCAUGGACGGUCACCGGGACAACCCUUUCCGACGGUUCACCGAGCUGGCCAGCCUGUACGGGCCCGUUUACGCUAUGACCAUGGGAUCGAUACCGUGUGUGAUUGUCAACGAUUAUCCGUCUAUCAAGGAAGUGCUCAUCACCAAUGUCAAGUUCGGUGGCCGGCCAAACUUUUCCCGUUACAACGUGCUGUUCGCUGGCGAUCGAAACAACUCGUUGGCGCUGUGUGAUUGGUCAUGGCUACAAGAGACUAGACGUAAAAUUGCACGAAUGUACUGUUCACCUAAAGUAUGCUCAUCUAACUAUGAACUGCUAGAUUCUAUAGCGUCUGAUGAGUUGGAAGUGUUCUUAGGAUCGUUAGCUGCUGUUACCGUCCCCAAUUCCGAGUGUGAGGUGCAGGUAAAACAGCCUUUGCUGAUGGCCUGCGCAAACAUGUUCACACGGUUCAUGUGCUCGACACAGUUUGAUUACGGUGACCAUGAGUUCAAAACCAUGGUCCGAACGUUUGACGAGAUAUUUUGGGAUAUCAAUCAGGGUUACGCGAUGGACUUUUUACCGUGGCUAAGACUUUUUUACGUAGGCCACAUGCGAAAGCUUUCUAUGUGGUCGACGUGCAUUAGACGUUUUAUGAUGAAUAAAAUCGUAUCAAAGAGGAGUAGCUACGCAAAGGCUAUGUCAACUGAAAUGGAUAACGGCUACAAAAGUCGUGAUGACGACGAGGAAGAACCAUCAGAUUUUACGGAUGCUCUGCUCAUAAACUUGCGCAAGGAGCCCAGGCUCAAAAUGCAUCACAUAUUGUUUGAGCUGGAAGACUUCAUCGGUGGUCAUUCGGCAGUCGGCAACAUGGUCAUGCUCGCCCUGUCCAUGGUUGCUACAAGACCACACGUGGCCCAGGCAAUUCGGGAUGAGGCCGAACAAGUCACUGGUGGUCAACGUUUGGUACGUCUCUAUGACAAGUCAGACAUGCCAUACACUGAGGCCACUCUGUUUGAAACUCUGCGUGUCAUUUCAUCACCCAUUGUGCCUCACGUGGCGACCGAGGACACCACUAUCAAAGGAUUCAAAAUAUCAAAAGGUACAUGCAUUAUCAUUAACAACUAUGAAAUCAACACCAGUCCGACUUACUGGGAGGACCCGAACGUGUUCGACCCCAAUCGUUUCAUACAUCACAAACCUGGAGGAAAGCCAUACAUCAGAAAACCAGAAUAUUUUCUGCCGUUUAGCACCGGAAAAAGGACGUGCAUUGGACAGCAACUGGUUUCCGGGUUCGGAUUUGUACUGCUCGCCGGCAUACUACAGAGGUACGAAGUAAAGGCCACUGCUCGAUUAGAGAUACCUGAGGCCCGUAUGGCUCUCCCGCCUGACGCGUACCCGUUGAUAUUGAUACCGCUCGAUGAAUCUCGAUAGAGUCGAAUAUCGUAUAAUAUAUGAUAUAUCUCAUCGACGUAGAUUAAAACGGCAUUAAUUAUCACUGCAUGUUAAAUUAGUUAGUUUUUGUUCAUAAAAACAAAAAAUACUGUCUGAUACACAAAACUGUUUGGUUUGCAAUUUAUCCAUAUACAAGAACUAUUUUUAUCAUGUUAAUGUUCGAUUCAGUAGGUUUAGUAGGUGGUCUAGCUGUUUACACUACAUAUACCACAUAUACCACACGUCCACACACACCACAAUUUUGAACUACAGUCUAUAAACAUAUUAUUACACAAUAAUAUGUAUUUUAUAGCGUAUAUGUACGUAUAUUAUGUACACAUUAGCUAUGAAUUGCUCUAGUGAUUAUAUUAUUUAUUACUGAAAAAUAAGCAAUAAUAAUAUGAAACAAACAUACGUGGACAGAGAAUUAAC